GCUGAGGAACGCUUCCAUCAGCUCGACCGCAUGUUGGCAGAGUGGCGCCAGGAGGAGCAGACGUCCAAAAUGGAAGGUCGAGCUUCUGGCGAAAAGCUUGAAGAUCAGAUGUGCCAAUUGUCUCCUGGACGAGUCUCAUCGCCACAGGUUGCCAGCAGAGGUGUGAGGGUGGUGAAGCAUCCAGCUUCACCAGGUGCUGUCAGCGCUGGCAGCCAAGCAGACAGUCGUUGUGACAGCGGUCUUCCUCGAAGGUUUCUUCUCAAUCGCACCACCCCGGCCCUUCCAGUCGGAGUUGGUAUUUCCUCGACCAAACUGCAGGGCAAGGUGAUUUCAGGGGCUGCUGCUUUUCCUUUUGCAAGGCCUGUGUCACCCAUCGCCGUGCCGGCCGGGGCACCAGGCUACAUAGGCCAGGCUCAGGCAGGCGUGGCUCUUAGGCGCUGA